AUGCUUUUACGGGUGAUAAACAGCAAAGAACACGUUAUGCUAACCCCCUCCUUUCACCGGUGUUUUUGGUUGAAUGCUGCUGAUUUCACCGACGUCCUGAAAAUACUUACAAAGCGCUUGGGUAUUUCUUUCUUUCUUUCUUUCUUUCUUUCUUUCUUACUUUGUUUCGUUCUUUAUUUGUUUCUAUCUUUCUUUAUCUCUUUCUUACUUUCUUUAUUUCUUUCUUUAUUUCUUCCUUUCUAUCUUUCUUUCUUUCUUUUCUCUGAACGCCCCCGACUUAAUAAAUGUAAGCGACACCACAACGCAUCCGUCUCUUUCAAUUCUUGUCUCCUGAAGAUGUUUUUCUUUACUUCAUUUUCUAAUGUUUUUAUUUCUUCCUUUCGCUAUGCCAUUAUUGUUUCUUUCCCUAUAACGCUUCCCUCUUUUUCCCAUUUAUAUUGUCUUUCUUUUUUUAAUUUAUCUUCAUGCUUUACUGCUUCUUUCUCUAUAGCGCCUCCAUCUUUUCCCCCUUUUUCUUUCUUUUUCUUUAUUUACUUCAUCUUCACGCUUUCUUUUCAAUCUUUCUCCGUUAUUGUUUCUUUCCUUAUAACGUUUCCUACUUUUUCCCCACUUUUUUUCUCUUUCUUUAUUGACAUUCAUGCUUUCUUACCAUAUUUGAUAUUCUUUCAUUCCGCAAUAUAUACUUUCUCUCCUUUGGCACUUACUUUUCACUCAUUCACCGCUUCUUUUUCACUCUCUUCUAUUAAUCCACCAUUUUGUUUUUCUCUUUGUAACCCACUUUUCUCAUUCCAUUUUGCCUCUUACAACUCCUCUAAUUCCUCUAACACCUUUUCUUCUUUUCACCUCUUUUUUUUCAUUAGACGAUUUAUUGCCUUUUUUCCUUCCUUUCUUUCACUUAUUUCACUUCUCCCCUCUCGUCUUUCAUUGUAUAAUCUUUUCCCCUCUCCUCUUUCACUGUAUAAUCUUCCUCUCUUGUCUAUAUAA